AGAGCCCAACCCAGCUCUGGGAGCUGCCCACUCUGAGCGCUCCUGCUGCAGGGAUAUCACAGGAGCCUGCUUGCCAGGGCUCAGCUACCGCCUCCAGGAAUCCCGGACCAGAGCGGGGUCUAGGCAGUCCCGGGACAUCGUCUGGCAUGGCAGUGCCGGGCAGCUGAAGGCCUCUGACCCACAGGCUGGCAAGUUGGAACCGACAGUACCAAAGGAUUGGCAAGUGACAAGAAGGGAAUUCCUGGGGCGGUUCCCGCCUGGACCAAAGUCCCAGAAAGAUGGAGAAGGAGGAAGAAGACACUCGGGAGAUUCUGCUCCCAGACUGGCAAGGAAGUGGCUCUCGUGGCCUCAAUAUUGAGCAGACGGAAGAGGGUGUGUUUGUGAAACAGGUGACGGAGGAUUCGCCGGCUGCUAAAGCAGGAGUCGUGAAGGAAGGAGAUCAGAUAGUGAGUGCCACAAUCUACUUUGACAACCUGCAGUCUGGGGAGGUCACACAGAUCCUGAAAAACGUGGGCCACCACACCGUGGGCCUUCGGCUGCAGAGGAAAGGAGACCGAUCGCCAUUGCCGGGACAGUCUUGGUCACAGGAUGUAUUUACCUCGAGGAGUCCAGAAGUUGUUCUGAGCGGGGAUGAUGAAGAGUACAAACGGAUCUACACGACAAAAAUUAAGCCACGUCUUAAAUCAGAAGAUGGUAUGGAAGUUGAGCACACAGGAACCCAAAGCAGAACCAUCACCGUUACCAAGAGAGUUACCGCAUAUACCGUUGACGUAACAGGACGCGAAGGUGCCAAAGACAUUGACAUCACCAGUCCAGAGUUCAAAAUCAAGAUUCCAAAACAUGAACUCACCCACAUUUCCAAAACAGAGAUUGAAACUGAGCCUGGGAAAACUGUAAUCAAAAUCCCACAUGGGGAUUUGUCAGCAAGAACAGAUUUCCAUGCCGGGGUGACAGGAAGACCUUCUGACAUUACAUAUACUGGACGAACACCUGAAUCACCCUCCAGGAAGUUGGACAUCGGAGUUCCUGAAAUUCGCACAGAUAAACCCACUGUGGGGACAACUGAUAUUCGCAUCUCUGGGCCUCAUGUCAUAGGAGUAGAUCUGAGAACAGACUUAAGACCAUCAGAAGGCCCAGAAGCUGGUUUUCAUAUCACAGCACCUGAAAUUAAUGGGAAAACUGUUGGCUCUGAUGUAGACUUGAAAGCUGGAGUUUCAGGAGGUAAACUGCCACAAUUUGGUAUCUCAGGCUCCCAAGUGCAAGCCGGUUUGUCAUCACCACACCUGAAGGGUCCCUCAGUUAAUGUUUCAGGGCCCCAAAUUCAAGGUGGAUUCAAAGGUCCCUCAGUUGAGAUCCCUGUGUCAAGCAUAGAAGGCAAAGACAAAAUAACGUUUCCUGCAAUGAAAAUGCCAAAAUUUGGUGUUUCAUCUCCAACUUCUGACUUGGAGGCUCCUCAACUUGACGUGACAGCUCCAUCAGUGACUCUCAAAGGCCCAGAAGGUUCUCUGAAGGGGCCCACAUAUAUGGUGGGGGGCACUGGAAUUAAACAGCCACAGAUGGAUGUGGGUCUAAAAGGACCUGAGUUGAAGGGUGGAGUCAAAGUUUCUUCUCCAACUUUGGCAGGCCCCAGGGUUGAUAUCAAAGGCCCCAAACUGGACAUAGAUGCUCCUGGCAUUGGCAUCAAGGGCCCUGGAGGAGAACUGAAAGGUCCUCAUAUCAAAAUGCCAGAAAUGCAUGUCAAGACACCUCAGAUAUCCAUCCCAGAUAUCGACCUGAACUUGAGGGGCUCCAAAAUUAAAGGGGACGUGUCCGUUCCAAAGGUGGAAGGAGAACUGAAAGGCCCAGGUGUUGAUAUCAAAGGCCCCCAAUUAGAUAUUGGUAGACCAGAUGUUGAACUUCAUGGGCCAGAACUAAAAAUGCCGAAAAUGAAACUGCCUAAAUUUGGUGUACCAAGCUUGAAAGGCGAAGCCCCUACUGUUGGUGUCACUCUUCCAGAGGGAAACAUCGGUGUUUCAGACCCUGGGAUAAAAAUGGAAGCUCCUAGUUUGGACAUCAAAGGUCCUGGAGGACAACUGAAAGGUCCUCAUGUCAAGAUGCCAGAAAUGCAUGUCAAAACCCCACAAAUAUCUGUGCCAGACAUCGAUCUGAACGUGAAAGGCCCCAAGAUCAAAGGUGACGUUGAUGUUUCCAUUCCCAAGGUGGAAGGUCAAUUAAAAGGCCCAGCAGUUGAUAUUAAAGGGCCCAAAGUGGAUGUCAGUGCACCAGAUGUUAAACUUCAUGGACCAGAACUCAAGAUGCCUAAACUAAAAAUGCCAAAAUUUGGCACACCAGGUUUCAAAGCCGAAGUUCCUGAUGUUGAUGUCAAUCUUCCAAAGGGUGGUGUGGAUGUCUCUGUGCCACAGAUAAAAGGUGACUUCAGGGGGCCCCAGGUUGAUAUCAAAGGCCCCAAAAUGGAUAUAGAUGCUCCUGGCUUUGGCAUCAAGGGCCCUGGAGGAGAACUGAAAGGUCCUCACAUCAAAAUGCCAGAAAUGCAUGUCAAGACGCCUCAGAUAUCCAUCCCAGAUAUCGACCUGAACUUGAGGGGCUCCAAAAUUAAAGGGGACGUGUCCGUUCCAAAGGUGGAAGGAGAACUGAAAGGCCCAGGUGUUGAUAUCAAAGGCCCCCAAUUAGAUAUUGGCAGACCAGAUGUUGAACUUCAUGGGCCAGAACUAAAAAUGCCGAAAAUGAAACUGCCUAAAUUUGGUGUACCAAGCUUGAAAGGUGAAGCCCCUACUGUCGGUGUCACUCUUCCAGAGGGAAACAUCGGUGUUUCAGACCCUGGGAUAAAAAUGGAAGCUCCUAGUUUGGACAUCAAAGGUCCUGGAGGACAACUGAAAGGUCCCCAUGUCAAGAUGCCAGAAAUGCAUGUCAAAACCCCACAAAUAUCUGUGCCAGACAUCGAUCUGAACUUGAAAGGCCCCAAGAUUCAAGGUGGCGUUUCUAUUCCCAAGGUGGAAGGACAAUUAAAAGGCCCAGUAGUCGAUAUCAAAGGGCCCAAAGUGGAUGUUGAUACACCAGAUGUUAAACUUCAUGGACCAGAAUUCAAAAUGCCUAAACUGAAAAUGCCAAAAUUUGGCAUGCCAGGCUUUAAAGCUGAAGUUCCUGAUGUUGAUGUCAAUCUUCCAAAGGGUGACUUUGAAAUUUCAGGCCCCAAGAUAGAUAUUGAUGCUCCUAGCUUGGACGUUGAAGGGCCUGAAGGAAAAAUUAAAGGUUCCAAAUUCAAGAUGCCAGAAAUGAACAUUAAAACUCCUAAGAUUUCCAUGCCGGACAUUGAUUUGAACUUGAAAGGGCCAAAAGUGAAAGGGGAUGUAGAUGUUUCUAUGCCAAAAGUAGAAGGUGAACUGAAAGGUCCUGGAAUGGAUAUAAAGGGCCCCAAAAUAGAUGUUGGCAUGCCAGAUAUAGAUCUUCAGGGUCCCGAAGGAAAGCUGAAAAUGCCAAAGCUGAAAAUGCCCAAAUUUGGCAUGCCAGGCUUCAAAGGAGAAGUUCCUGCUGUAGACGUCAGUCUUCCAAAGGGCAAUAUUGAUGUUUCUGGUCCCAAAGUAGACAUUGAAGGCCCUGACUUUGACAUCGAAGGCCCAGAAGGGAAAAUAAAAGGGCCAAAAUUCAAGAUGCCAGAAAUGCAUAUCAAAGCUCCUAAAAUCUCUAUGCCAGAUGUUGAUCUGAAUUUAAAAGGCCCCAAGCUCAAAGGAGAUGUAGAUGUUUCUGUUCCAAAGUUGGAAGGUGACAUCAAAGGCCCUGAAAUGGACAUCAAAGGACCCAAAAUAGAUAUCAGUGCCCCAGAUGUUGAUCUUCAUGGACCUGAAGGGAAACUGAAGAUGCCCAAAUUCAAAAUGCCAAAAUUUGGAAUGCCAGGCUUCAAAGCAGAAGGCCCAGAGGUUGAUGUAAAUCUUCCAAAGGCAAAUGUUGAUAUUUCUGCACCAAAAUUAGACAUUGAAGCUCCUGAAUUAGACAUUGAAGGACCUGAAGCUAAAGGCCUCAAGUUUAAGAUGCCUGAACUAAAUAUACAUGCACCCAAGCUAUCUAUGCCUGAUGUGGAUUUGAAUUUGAAAGCCCCUAAGUUGAAGGGAGAUAUGGAUGUUUCUGGGCCGAAGAUAGAAGGUGAACUGAAAGGACCUCAAUUUGAUAUCGAGGGUCCUAAAGUGGACGUUGAAGUACCUGAUGUGGACCUGGAGGGUCCUGAAGGGAAAAUCAGAGGUUCCAAAUUCAAGAUGCCAAAACUAAAUAUUAAGGCUCCUAAAAUCUCUAUGCCUGAUGUAGAUCUGAAUCUAAAGGCCCCCCAAAUGAAGGGUGAAAUGGAAGUGACUGUUCCAGAGAUUGAGGGUAAACUGAAGGGACCUGACAUUGAUGUAAAAGGCCCAAAGGUUGAUGUAAAUCUCCCAGGUGUUGAUCUUGAAGGUCCAGAGGCCAAGCUGAAGAUGCCAAAGAUGAAACUACCGAAAUUUGGCAUGCCAGGGUGGAAAGGGGAAGGCCCUGAUGUUGAUGUAAGCCUUCCCAAAGGAGGCCUGGAAGUUUCAGGACCAAAGGCGGCAAUUGACGUUCCUGAUGUUGAGAUUGAAGGCCCUGAAGGGAAAAUAAAAGGUCCUAAAUUUAAAAUGCCUGAAAUGCAUUUCAAAACACCCAAAAUUUCCAUGCCAGAUAUUGACUUAAAUUUGAAAGGACCCAAGCUGAAGGGGGACGUUGAUGUUUCUGUACCAAAACUGGAAGGAGAACUGAAGGGCCCCGCUCUUGAUAUCAAGGGACCCACCAUUGACAUAAGUGGUCCAGAUGCAGAUCUGCAAAGUGGGGGGAAAUUGAAAAUGCCAAAACUAAAGAUGCCACAUUUUAGCAUGUCAGGUCCCAAGCUUGAAGGCCCUGAUGUAGAUAUGAGUUUGCCCAAAGGGGAGGUUGACAUUACAGGUCCCCAAAUAGAUGUGCAAGCUCCUGAAUUAGACAUUGAAGGCCCUGAAGGAAAGCUGAAAGGUUCCAGGUUUAAGAUGCCCAAACUAAACAUCAAAGCACCUAAAGUCUCCAUGCCAGAUGUAGACUUGAACCUCAAGGCGCCAGGAAGAAGUGGAGGGAUGGAUGUGACUGUUCCAAAUAUUGAAGGCAAUUUAAAAGGACCCCAAAUUGACAUUAAAGGCCCCAAACUGGACAUUGAAGCACCUGAUGUCGAUUUACAGGGCCCUGAAGGAAAACUGAAAGGGCCAAAAUUUAAGAUGCCAGAAAUGCACAUCAAGGCUCCCAAGGUCUCCAUGCCAGACAUUGAUUUGAAUCUGAAGGGGCCCAAAUUUAAGGGUGAUGCAGACAUUUCAGCCCCCAGGUUGGAAGGUGAAUUCAAAGGUCCUGAAAUUGACAUCAAAGCCCCCAAAUUGGACAUUGACACACCAGAUGUUGAGCUACAUGGGCCUGAAGGGAAACUGAAGAUGCCAAAAUUAAAAAUGCCCAAAUUUGGAAUUCCUGGCUUCACAGGGGAAGCACCAGAUGUGGAUGUAAACCUUCCCAAAGCAGAUGUUGAUAUUUCUGGUCCCAAAGUUGACAUCGAAGGACCACAAUUGGAUAUUGAAGCCCCAGAAGGAAAGCUGAAAGGUCCCAGAUUUAAGAUGCCUGAGAUGCAUUUUAAAACCCCCAAACUCUCCAUGCCAGAUGUUGAUCUGAAUUUGAAAGGCCCUAAAUUUAAGGGAGACUAUGAUGUUUCAAGUCCGAAGUUUGAAGGUGAAUUGAAGGGCCCAGGUAUUGACAUGACAGGACCUAAACUGAAUGUUGGGGUCCCUGAAGUAGACAUUGAAGGUCCUGAAGGGAAAUGGAAAGGUCCAAAAUUUAAAAUGCCUGAAAUGAACAUUAAAGCACCUAAAAUCUCCAUGCCUGAUGUGGAUUUCAAUCUGAAAGGCCCCAAACUGAAAGGUGAUCUAGAUGUUUCAGCACCCAAACUGGAGGGUGAUCUGAAGGGACCAGAAAUUGACAUCAAGGGUCCUAAGUUGGAUAUUGAUGCCCCAGAUGUGGCGCUCCAUGGGCCUGAAGGAAAACUGAAGAUGCCUAAAUUCAAAAUGCCCAAAUUUGGAAUGCCAAGUUUCAAAGCUGAAGGCCCAGAUGUGGAUGUAAGCCUUCCCAAAGCAGACCUGGAUGUUUCUGUUCCCAAAGUUGACAUUGAUGCACCAAGUUUGGACAUUGAAGGCCCAGAAGGAAAAGUUAAAGGACCAAAGUUUAAGAUGCCUGACAUGCAUUUUAAAACCCCCAAAAUCUCCAUGCCAGACAUUGACUUGAAUCUCAAAGGCCCUAAAGUGAAAGGAGAUGUUGAUGUGUCUGUGCCAACAUUGGAAGGUGACCUGAAAGGCCCAGAUGUUGAUAUCAAGGGGCCUAAACUGGACAUUGAUGCACCUGAUGUUGAGAUUGGAGGCCCUGAAGGAAAGUGGAAAAGUCCUAAAUUCAAGAUGCCAGAAAUGCACAUCAAAGCACCCAAAAUCUCCAUGCCAGAUUUUGAUUUGAACUUGAAAGGCCCUAAAGUGAAGGGAGAUGUGGAUGUGUCUGUACCAAAGCUAGAAGGUGAUUUGAAAGGCCCUGACGUUGAUAUCAAAGGGCCAAAAUUGGACAUUGAUGCUCCUGACAUUAACAUUGACGGUCCAGAGGGAAAAUGGAAAGGUCCUAAAUUUAAAAUGCCAGAAAUGCAUAUCAAGGCACCUAAAAUCUCCAUGCCAGAUAUUGAUUUGAGUCUAAGAGGCCCUAAAGUUCAAGGUGACAUGGAUGUGUCCGCACCAAAGCUGGAAGGUGAGCUGAAGGCCCCAGAAGUGGACAUUAAAGGACCCAAGGUGGAUGUUGAUCUUCCUGAUGUUGAUCUAGAAGGACCAGAAGGGAAACUGAAAGGUCCCAGAUUUAAGAUGCCUGAUAUGCAUUUUAAGACUCCCAAAAUCUCCAUGCCAGAUUUUGAUCUGGGCUUCAAGGGUCCUAAAGUGAAGGGAGAUGUGGAUGUUUCUGUACCUAAGUUAGAAGGGGAUCUGAAAGGACCAGAAGUUGAUAUCAAGGGUCCUAAACUUGAUGUUGAUAUUCCUGAUGUUGAUAUUGAAGGACCAGAUGGAAAACUGAAAGGUCCCAAAUUUAAGAUGCCUGAAAUGCAUUUUAAUGUUCCUAAAAUCUCCAUGCCAGACAUUGAUUUGAAUUGGAGAGGUCCUAAGGUUAAAGGAGAUGUUGAUGUUUCUGUACCUAAGUUUGAGGGUGACUUGAAAGGCCCUGAUGUUGAUAUCAAGGGUCCUCAACUAGAUGUUGAUGUUCCUGAUGCUGAAAUUGAAGGCCCUGAAGGGAAGUGGAAAAGCCCCAAAUUUAAGAUGCCUGAAAUGCACAUUAAAACACCUAAAAUUUCUAUGCCAGAUUUUGACUUGAACCUGAAAGGUCCCAAACUGAAAGGAGAUGCAGAUGUUUCUUUGCCAAAGUUAGAGGGUGAACUGAAAGGACCAGAUGUUGAUAUUACAGGGCCAAAGUUAGACAUUGAUGCUCCUGAUGUCAGUUUAGAAGGUCCAGAGGGAAAGGUUAAAGGCCCAAAAUUUAAGAUGCCAGAGAUGCACAUCAAAGCCCCCAAAAUUUCAAUGCCAGAUAUCAAAGCUCCCAAACUCUCAAUGCCAGAUGUUGAUUUUAAUUUGAAAGGUCCUAAACUGAAGGGAGAUGUUGAUGUUUCAGUUCCAAAACUAGAAGGUGAUCUGAAAGGCCCAGAAGUAGACAUCAAGGGCCCCAAACUGGACAUUGAUGCUCCUGAUGUUGAGAUUGAAGGGCCUGAAGGAAAGUGGAAAGGUCCUAAGUUUAAGAUGCCUGAAAUGCACAUCAAAGCACCCAAAAUCUCCAUGCCAGAUUUUGAUCUGAAUUUGAAAGGUCCCAAAUUGAAGGGUGACGUGGAUGUUCCAAAGCUAGAAGGUGACCUGAAAGGCCCAGAAGUUGAUAUUAAAGGUCCUAAAUUGGACAUAGAUGUUCCUAGCAUUGAUAUUGAGGGUCCAGAAGGAAAAGUGAAAGGUCCAAAAUUCAAGAUGCCUGAAAUGAAUAUUAAAGCACCCAAGAUCUCUAUGCCAGAUUUCGAUCUGAAUUUGAAAGGACCCAAGCUGAAAGGAGAUGUGGACGUUUCACUGCCAAAAGCAGAAGGGCCUGACAUUGACAUCAAAGGUCCAAAGUUAGACAUUGAUGCCCCAGAUUUAGAACUUCAUGGUCCAGAGGGCAAGCUCAAAAUGCCCAAAUUUAAAAUGCCAAAAUUUGGAAUGCCCAGUUUCAAAGCAGAAGGUCCUGAAGUGGAUGUCAAUCUCCCAAAAGGAGACAUUGACAUAUCUGCUCCAAAGGUCGACAUAGAAGGCCCUGAACUGGACAUCGAAGGUCCAGAAGGCAAAGUUAAAGGCCCCCGAUUUAAGAUGCCAGAAAUGCACUUCAAAACUCCUAAAAUCUCCAUGCCAGAUUUUGAUCUCAAUUUAAAAGGUCCAAAGCUCAAGGGAGAUGUGGAUGUUUCUGUUCCCAAGCUAGAAGGAGACUUGAAAGGCCCUGACAUUGACAUCAAAGGACCUAAGUUGGAUAUUGAUGCACCAGAUGUUGAUCUUCAGGGCCCUGAGGGCAGACUGAAAAUGCCCAAAUUCAAAAUGCCUAAAUUUGGAAUGCCUGGUUUCAAAGGGGAAGGUCCUGAAGUAGAUGUCAAUCUCCCAAAGGCAGACAUUGAUAUAGCUGCUCCAAAGGUCAACAUAGAAGGCCCUGAAUUGGACAUCCAAGGUCCAGAAGGCAAAAUAAAAGGCCCCAAAUUUAAGAUGCCAGAAAUGCACAUCAAGGCACCAAAAAUCUCUAUGCCAGAUAUUGACUUAAAUUUGAAGGGGCCAAAACUGAAAGGAGAUGUGGACGUUUCACUGCCAAACAUUGAAGGUGAACUGAAAGGUCCUGACAUCGACAUCAAAGGGCCCAAGCUGGAUAUUGAUGCACCAGAUGUUGAUCUUCAGGGCCCUGAGGGCCGACUAAAAAUGCCAAAAUUCAAAAUGCCUAAAUUUGGAAUGCCAGGCUUCAAAGGGGAAGGCCCUGAAAUUGAUGUCAGUCUCCCCAAAGGAAACAUUGACAUAUCUGCUCCAAAGGUGGAUAUCGAGGGCCCUGAUUUGGAUAUCGAAGGUCCAGAAGGCAAAAUCAAAGGCCCCAAAUUUAAGAUGCCAGAUAUGCACAUCAAGGCCCCCAAAAUCUCUAUGCCAGAUGUUGAUUUAAAUUUGAAGGGGCCAAAAUUGAAAGGAGAUGUCGAUGUUUCACUACCGAAAGUUGAAGGUGAGCUGAAGGGUCCUGACAUUGACAUUAAAGGACCCAAGUUGGACAUUGAAGCACCAGAUGUUGACCUACAUGGCCCAGAAGGCAAAUUGAAGAUGCCAAAAUUUAAAAUGCCUAAAUUCAGCAUGCCAGGCUUCAAAGGGGAAGGGCCUUCAGUGGAUGUGAGUCUUCCAAAGGGGGAAUUAGAUGUAUCUGGCCCCAAACUAGACAUUGAAACACCUGACUUAGAAAUUGAAGGUCCUGAAGGGAAGAUCAAAGGUCCCAAGUUUAAGAAGCCUGAAAUGCACUUUAAUGUUCCAAAAAUCUCAAUGCCAGAUAUCGACUUGAAUUUGAAAGGUCCAAAAUUGAAGGGAGAUCUAGAAGGUGAUAUUAAAGGUCCUAACAUUGAAGUGAAAGGACCUGACAUUGACCUGGAGGCUCCAAAAGUUGAAAUUGAAGGAAAGCCAAAGAAAUCAAGAUUCAAACUUCCCAAGUUUAGCUUUUCAAGCUCUAAAGGUCAGACCCCAGAGGUUGAUGUAAAGCUUAAAAAACCAGACGUUGAUAUAUCAGGUCCAAAAGUUGAUGUUCAAGUUCCAGAUGUUGAUGUCCACGGGAAAGUAAAAGGUACUAAAUUUAAAAUGCCUUCCCUGAACAUUACUUCACCUAAAGUUUCAAUGCCUGAUGUGGAAUUAAAUUUAAAAGGGCCAAAAUUAAAAGGUGACUUGGAUGUUUCUGUUCCAAGCUUGGAAGGAGAUUUGAAAGCUCCUGACCUUGACAUCAAAGGCCCUAAGUUGGAAGUUGAUGCACCAGAUGUUGAUCUCCAUGGACCAGAGGGCAAACUCAAAAUGCCCAAAUUUAGAAUGCCCAAAUUUGGUAUGUCUGGUUUCAAGGCAGAAGGUCCUGAGGUGGACAUAAAUGUUCCCAAAGCUGACAUUGAUGUUUCUGGUCCCAAAAUGGACAUUGAAGCUCCUGACUUGGAUAUAGAAGGCCCCGAGGGAAAGAUCAAAGGUCCUAAAUUUAAAAUGCCUGAAAUGCAUUUCAAUGUCCCCAAGAUUUCAAUGCCAGACAUAGAUUUGAAUUUGAAGGGACCUAAGCUGAAAGGAGAUAUAGAUGUUUCAGCACCAAAGUUGGAAGGAGACUUCAAAGGCCCUGAUGUUGACAUAAAGGGCCCCAAACUAGAUGUUGACCUUCCUGAUGUUGACAUUGAAGGUCCAGAAGGAAAACUGAAAGGUCCCAAGUUUAAGAUGCCCGACAUGCAUUUUAAAACACCUAAAAUCUCCAUGCCAGAUUUCGAUUUGAACCUAAAAGGCCCCAAAAUAAAGGGAGAUGCUGAUGUUUCAGUUCCAAAACUGGAGGGUGACUUCAAAGGGCCUGAAGUAGACAUCAAGGGCCCCAAAGUAGACAUUGAUGUUCCUGAUGUUGAUAUUGAAGGACCAGAAGCAAAAGUGAAAGGACCGAAGUUUAAGAUGCCCGAUAUGCAUUUUAAAACCCCCAAAAUCUCCAUGCCAGAUUUUGACUUGAAUCUGAAAGGCCCCAAAGUGAAAGGAGAUGUGGAUGUGACUGUGCCAAAGUUGGAAGGCGAUUUGAAAGGCCCAGAUUUUGAUAUCAAGGGACCGAAGCUGGAUGUAGAGAUGCCGGAUGUUGACAUAGAAGGUCCAGAAGGAAAGUGGAAAGGUCCUAAAUUUAAAAUGCCAGAAAUGAACAUUAAAGCACCUAAAAUCUCCAUGCCUGAUGUGGAUUUCAAUCUGAAAGCCCCCAAACUGAAAGGCGAUCUAGAUGUUUCAGCACCCAAACUGGAGGGCGAUCUGAAGGGACCAGAAAUUGACAUCAAGGGUCCUAAGUUGGAUAUUGAUGCUCCAGAUGUGGAGCUCCAUGGGCCUGAAGGGAAGCUAAAGAUGCCUAAAUUCAAAAUGCCCAAAUUUGGAAUGCCAAGUUUCAAAGCUGAAGGCCCAGAUGUGGAUGUAAGCCUUCCCAAAGCAGACCUAGAUGUUUCUGUUCCCAAAGUCGACAUUGAUGCACCAAGUUUGGACAUUGAAGGCCCAGAAGGAAAAGUGAAAGGUCCCAGAUUUAAGAUGCCUGACAUGCAUUUUAAAAGCCCCAAAAUCUCCAUGCCAGAUUUUGACUUGAACCUCAAAGGCCCUAAAAUGAAAGGAGAUGUAGAUGUGUCUGUGCCAACAUUGGGAGGUGAUCUGAAAGGCCCAGAUGUUGAUAUCAAGGGGCCUAAACUGGACAUUGAUGCACCUGAUGUUGAGAUUGAAGGCCCUGAAGGAAAAUGGAAAGGUCCUAAAUUUAAGAUGCCAGAAAUGAACAUUAAAGCACCUAAAAUCUCCAUGCCAGAUGUGGAUUUCAACCUGAAAGGCCCCAAACUGAAAGGCGAUCUGGAUGUUUCAGCACCCAAACUGGAAGGCGAUUUGAAAGGACCAGAAAUUGACAUCAAGGGUCCUAAGUUGGAUAUUGAUGCCCCAGAUGUGGAGCUCCAUGGGCCUGAAGGGAAGCUGAAGAUGCCUAAAUUCAAAAUGCCCAAAUUUGGAAUGCCAAGUUUCAAAGCUGAAGGCCCAGAUGUGGAUGUAAGCCUUCCCAAAGCAGACCUAGAUGUUUCUGUUCCAAAACUCGAUAUUGAAGCACCAUGUUUGGACGUUGAAGGCCCAGAAGGAAAAGUGAAAGGGCCAAAGUUUAAGAUGCCCGAUAUGCAUUUUAAAACACCCAAAAUCUCCAUGCCAGAUUUUGACUUGAACCUCAAAGGCCCUAAAGUGAAAGGAGAUGUUGAUGUGUCUGUGCCAACAUUUGAGGGUGACCUGAAAGGCCCAGGUGUUGAUAUCAAGGGCCCUAAACUGGACAUUGAUGCUCCUGAUGUUGAGAUUGAAGGCCCUGAAGGAAAGUGGAAAGGUCCUAAAUUUAAGAUGCCUGAAAUGAACAUUAAAGCACCUAAAAUCUCCAUGCCUGAUGUGGAUUUCAACCUGAAAGGCCCCAAACUGAAAGGCGAUCUGGAUGUUUCAGCACCCAAACUGGAAGGCGAUUUGAAGGGGCCAGAAAUUGACAUCAAGGGUCCUAAGUUGGAUAUUGAUGCCCCAGAUGUGGAGCUCCAUGGGCCUGAAGGAAAACUGAAGAUGCCCAAAUUCAAAAUGCCCAAAUUUGGAAUGCCAAGUUUCAGAGCUGAAGGCCCAGAUGUGGAUGUAAGCCUUCCCAAAGCAGACCUGGAUGUUUCUGUUCCCAAAGUCGACAUUGAUGCACCAAGUUUGGACAUUGAAGGCCCAGAAGGAAAAGUGAAAGGGCCAAAGUUUAAGAUGCCUGACAUGCAUUUUAAAACCCCCAAAAUCUCCAUGCCAGACAUUGACUUGAAUCUCAAAGGCCCUAAAGUGAAAGGAGAUAUUGACGUGUCUGCGCCAACCUUUGAAGGUGACCUGAAAGGCCCAGAUGUUGAUUUCAAGGGCCCUAAACUGGACAUUGAUGCUCCUGAUGUUGAGAUCGAAGGCCCUGAAGGAAAGUGGAAAGGUCCUAAAUUUAAGAUGCCAGACAUGCACUUUAAGGCACCGAAAAUCUCUAUGCCAGAUAUGAACCUGAAAGGCCCUAAAAUAAAAGGCGACGUGGACGUUUCUGUCCCAAAGAUAGAAGGUGAUUUAAAGGGCCCUGAAAUUGACUUCAAAGGGCCUCAGUUUGGUGCUCCUGACAUUGAUAUUGAGGGACCAGAAGGAAAACUGAAAGGCCCUAAAUUUAAAAUGCCUGAAAUGAACAUCAAAGCUCCCAAAAUCUCCAUGCCGGAUGUAGACUUCAACCUAAAAGGCCCCAAACUGAAAGGGGAUAUGGACUUGGAUGUUUCACUCCCGAAAAUGGAAGGCGAUUUAAAGGGACCGAGUGUUGAUAUAAAGGGGCCCAAACUGGAUGUUGAUGUACCUGAUGUUGAGUUGGAAUGUCCUGACGGAAAACUGAAAGGUCCGAAAUUUAAGAUGCCUGAAAUGCAUUUUAAAACCCCCAAAAUCUCUAUGCCGGAUUUUGAUUUGAAUUUGAAAGGCCCCAAAGGGAAAGGAGAUGUGGAUGUGUCUCUGCCAAAAGUUGAAGGUGGUUUGGAAGGACCAGAUGUUAAUAUUAAAGGUCCCAAACUAGACAUCGAUGCUCCUGAUUUGGACGUCAAGGGUCCAGAAGGAAAACUGAAAGGCCCCAAGUUUAAGAUGCCUGAAAUGCACAUUAAGGCUCCCCACAUCUCCAUGCCUGAUGUAGAUCUAAGCCUGAAAGGACCUCAGAUGAAAGGAGACCUGAGUGCUUCUGGGCCAAAGUUGGAGGGAGACUUGAAAGGUCCAGACAUUGACAUCAAAGGCCCUAAGCUGGACAUUGAUAUGCCUGAUGUUGAUCUCCAUGGCCCAGAUGGAAAGGUGAAGUUCCCCAAGAUGAAGCUCCCCAAAUUUGGCAUGCCUGGGUUCAAAGGUGAAGGACCUGAUGUGGAUGUGAAUCUGCCUAAAGGAGAAUUUGAAGUAUCAGGUCCCAAAGUCAACCUUGAAGGUCCCAGCUUGGACAUCGAAGGACCAGAAGGACAGCUGAAAGGCCCCAAGCUCAAGAUGCCUGAAAUGCAUUUCAAGACACCAAAAAUCUCCAUGCCAGAGAUUGACUUAAACUUGAAAGGACCCAAGGUGAAAGGAGAUGUGGAUGUUCCCAAGAUUGAGGGCAGUUUAAAAGGUCCAGGGGUUGAUAUUAAAGGCCCGGGAAUUGAGGCAAAAGGUCCUGAGAUUGACCUGGAGUGUCCAGAUGUAAAUGUUGAAGGGCCAGAAGGAAAUGUUAAACUCCCCAAAUUUAAGAUGCCAAAAUUUGGGUUUGGAGCAAAAGGCCCCAAAGCAGAAGUAAAAUCUCCCACCAUGGACGUCUCUCUUCCAGAAAGUGAACUGAAUGUUGAGUCACCUGACAUCAACAUAUCUGGCAAAGGAAAGAAGAGCAAGUUCAAAAUGCCCAAAAUACAUAUGAGUGGGCCUAAGAUUAAAGGCAAGAAGGCUGGCCUUGAUGUGAGUGGGGAGAUGAGUGCAGGUGUGAAGUCACCCGAUUUAGAAGGAAGUCUCUCUGUCCCAGAUGCAUCACUGAAAGGGGACAUCAACAUCAAGUCACCCAAGGAAAAGAAACCUAUGUUUGGGAAACUCUCUUUCCCUGAUGUUGAAUUUAAUAUAAAAUCACCUAUGUUUAAGGCUGAUGCUUCUUUGCCAAAGGUGGAAGGAGAAAUCAGGGCACCAGGAAUAGAUGUUUCAUCACCAUCUGUAACAUCACCAAGCUUCGACGUGACUGUUCCAAGCGCAAGUCUCCCUGAUGUUAAUGUUGGCGGUCCUGACAUCAGUCUUAAGAAACCAAAGUUUAAACUCUCAGGUGGGAAUGUGGAUCUGGCUGGCCCAAAACUGGAAGGAGACAUCAGAGUGCCAAGUAUUGAUGCAAAUGUUAGUGCUCCUGACAUCAGCCUAAAAGGUCCUUCAGUGAACCUACCGUCUGUGGACAUUUCUGCUCCUGCACUCUCAGCUCCAGAUCUCGACAUUAAUGUGAAAGGACCAAAGCUAAAAGGUGACGUUGAACUCCCCAAAGGAGAAUUGCAAGGCCCAGAAGCGAAACUGAAGUUCCCCAAGUUUGGCUUUCCAAAGAUCGGGAAACCAGAAGUAACAUUAGGAGGGCCAGAGGUGGAUCUUCAAGGAGAGCUGCCCUCAGCAAGCAUUGAUGUUUCAGCCCCAAGUAUCAAAGGAGAUGUGAAUGUCCCUGAAGUGGAUGUAAACUUGAAAGGACCAAAAUUAGGAGGAGGCCUGGGCCUUUCUGGUGAUAUCAAAGGCCCUACAAUUGGAAUUGGGAUGCCAGAUGCUGAUGUUGGUUUUGAAGGGAAGCUUAAAAUGCCGAAGUCCCAAGGUCUAGAUGUCAGCUUGAAUGCUCCAGACCUAGAUGUGAAAGGACCGUCAGUGAAAAUGACCUCUGGAGGAGGCAUUUCUGCACCUGAUUUUGAUGUGAAUUUGAAAGGACCAAAGAUCAAAGGAGAUUUUGGCAUUUCUGGUGACAUUAAGUCUCCUAAGGUGGCUGUUGAGGCACCCGGUGUUAACUUGGAAGGUUCUGGAGGCGGAAUUAAACUUCCUUCUCUCAAGCUUCCCCAGUUUGGCAUCUCCAGCUCUCAUGGCAAAGGUUCUGACCUGGAUGUGAAGAUUGCAGGACCACAAAUCAAAGGACCUGAUUUCAAAGGGCCUUCCAUUUCUGCUCCAGCAGUUUCCACCCAAAACAUGGACUUGAACCUGAAAGGACCAAGCUUCAAAACCGAUGUUGAUAUUGCUGGUGACAUGAAAGGUCCAAAAAUUGAAGUACCAGGUGUAAAAAUUUCUGGCAUGGACUUAAAUGCUGGUGCUCCUGAUGUCAGUUUGAGAGGACCUUCGCUCAAUGUGUCAGCUCCCAAAGUUUCUGGACCAGAUUUUGACAUAAAUUUGAAAGGGCCUAAAGUCAAAAGUCCAGAGCUAAGUGUUGGCAUGCAAGGGGCAGGAGACUUUCAGUUUUCUGGACCAAAAGUAGGUGGUGAUCUGAAAGGUCCCCAGUUAGAAAUCAAGAGUCCUUCCAUUGGGGUGAAUGUUCCACAAGGCCAUUUGGAAAGCCCAUCUGGAAAAGUGUCGUUCCCUAAGAUGAAAAUACCAAAAUUUGUGGUAACGGGGCAGGAACUAACAGGAAGGGAGGUUGGGGUUGAUGUUGAUUUCCCUCAGGCUCCAGAAGCUAGUGUCCAUGCUGGGGCAGUGAACGUUGAACUAGAAGAGCCUGACAUUAAGCUUAAGAAAUCUAAAAUUAAAAUGCCAAAGUUUGCUUUCUCUAAACCUAAGGUCAAAGGCAGUGUUGGGUCCCCAGAGGUCUCAGUGUCUGUUUCAGGGGGUGAAGGAGAGUUAAAGGCUAGUUCGGGUUCCUUGGAGGGUGACUUGGAAGUAGGUGAAGCAACUGCCUCUCCAAAAGGGAAGUUCUCCUUUUUUAAGACCAAAAAGUCACGUCACCGGUCAUCGUCCUUCAGUGAUGAGCAUUCCUCACAUUCAACGCCAACUGGCACACUGGAGCAUGAGGGCAAGCAUGCCAAGCUGAAAUUUGGUACCUUUGGGGGAAUAGGGUCAAAAUCUAAAGGUUCUUAUGAGGUAACGGGAAGUGAUGAUGAGGGGAAGAUGCAGGGUAGUGGGGCCUCAUUAGCAUCAAAGAAGUCUCGGCUGUCUUCCUCGUCAAGCAACGACAGUGGGACAAAAGCUGGUUUUCGAAUGCCAUCAGUAGAGUUAACUGUGGCAAAGAAGAAAGAAUAAAAUGGGGAGAAAUCUCAUGUACAUAUUGUCUAUGUAUAUAUAUCUCUUUACUUUCUGUGUGUGUAUAUAAAUUGUACUAGCUCGAAAUACUCAGCAAUAAAAUAGAUGAUGCCCAGUGAAAUGGUAGGCCUUAACUGAAAAAAAACUACUGUUUUACUGUGAUCAGGAAGGUGUCCACCAAUAUGUUUCCAUCUUCCAUAGAUAUCGAGAGAUAUCAAACAGAAACUGGUACAGCUGCUCUCUUGGUUAAGUCCUUAGUGGUGUUGUGGCAGUUGAAAGCCAAAUCGAUUUCUGAGAAUGCACUACCCCACUUUCCCACAACGCACUGCGGCCACAAGUGCUGAAAAUGGUGCCAAAUCAGUCAGCAGAGAAACAAGCACUGCUUGGCGAAUCAGCUGUAUCCAUUUAAUUAAUCGGUAUAAUUUGUGCCAAUGCUAAUUCUGAAUGACUUACCCAUUAAAGAGGAAGGGCCAGGAUCUGUUAUGAUGUGUAAAGCUGUGCCAUGAAGAUGGAUGUACAGUUCCUCAGAUGUAUUUUGGAAGUUUUUGUGUUCAGGAUUAGGGUUUUGCGCUUUGAAUGCUGAGAGCUUCACGUUUACUUUAGCAAGCUUUAAAACAAAUAUAUUUUGAUAUUCAAAUUUUGGUGAAUAUCUUCAGUGUUGGUCUUCUAUGGAAUUAGUUCCAUUUAAUGACCUUUUUUGGCUUUUAUUUGCAGGGGGCUAAAAUUUCUAUCAUUCAAAUGGAUGUAUUGAAAGAAAAACACUGUAAAAGUAUAUAGAAGCAACUGAGAGGUGUCAAUUUUCAAUCUCACAAGAUUUGGAAUUGUCUCAAAAGGGUUUUUUUAGCUGGGAAAAGACAGAAAAAUGCAUAUAUGUAAGACACUCAUGGUUUAAUUUAAUUUAAGUUUUGUUUGGCUAAAGAAUAUUUUGCUACAAUAAAAUAAUUGAAAACUAACAUUUGUACAUUAUGACAUCAUCUUAGUUGUCUCCAUAUAUUUGACAUUCAUUGUAUUAUAAGACAGGACUUUCUUUUAGUUGUGGUGCAAAGAUUCCAUCUGCUACUCUAGUCCCUUCCACCCGUACCGGUAUUUUAUUAUCUUUUCAUUAACAAAUGUAUCCUGAUUUAAAACACAAACCAAACAAAAUAAGGAAAGGAAAACUCUUUCUCAGCACUUUAAGGCAAAUUAAUUGAGAAUGUAAGGAAACUAGUCUUGUAAAAUGCAAAUAAACUGUUCAUUAACCUUUGA